AUGACGAGCAAAGACCUCCGAAAUAUUAGAGCAAACACACACAUUGCAGAGCGCACAGAAGCACACGAUGGCAGACGACAAAAUGGAGAAAGCGGCGAUGGAUAAAAUGGUGCAGGAGACAGAGAUGGAGGAGCCUGGGCUUUUUGAGCAGCUCGUCCAGCCCUGUAUGGCGGAGCUGGUGGGCACCGCUUUCUUUGUGUUGAUGGGCUGUUUGUGUGUGAUCGAGAGCGCGCAGGAGGGGCACACUCUGCAGGCCGCGCUCGUGCACGGGCUCGCGUUGGCAGUGGUCAUCGGCUGUAUGGUAGAGAUCAGUGGUUCACAUUUCAAUCCAUCAUUCACCUUCGCCGUCUUCCUCAGUGGUGGCCUGGAGCUGAAAAUGGUGUUGCCGUACCUGAUCUCUCAGCUCUCUGGAGGUCUGCUCGGUGCCGUCAUGGCCAAAGGAAUGACAUCUAGCGAGAAAUAUGCACAAGCUCAAGGUGCUGCAUUUACAGUUCUCCAGGCUGAUGAUCACAUUAUCAAGGCGUUGUUUGCAGAAGCUGCCAUGACGUGUCUGGCUACCUUGGCGGUCUUACUGUCGGCGGUCAAUGGCAGGAGCAAAACCCAUAUGUUUCCAUUUCUGGUGGGCUGCACAGUCAUGGUUAAUGUGCUGGCGGGGGCUGAGGUGUCUGGUGCGUGUCUGAAUCCUGCAAGGGCUCUGGGUCCUGCGGUGCUGACCAACUACUGGACUCACCACUGGAUCUACUGGGUGGGUCCCAUCACCGGUGGACUCAUUGCUGCUGCAUUAGUCAGGCUUUUCCUGGGUGACAACGAUACCCGUAUACUGAUGAAGUAA